UCUGCCAGGACUUUCACAACCGUGUCGAAAGUUUUAAGCGAAUGUUUGAAGAUUUUCCGGUGCUGCAGUCGGAGACCAGUCCAAGCAGCGGAUCUUUAAGUGGAGAUGAGCAUAACUAAAACUGAUAUGGGGAGUUUAUUAAGCAUUUAAUGUCACGCCUUAUAUCACUUAUUUGUCAUGUGAGGUAUUUCAGAAGAGUUUGCCAUGUUAUUUGGUCACGCAGAUAAUUUAACCUGCGUCUCUUUCAGUAUGAUAUCUAUGACUCAACUUGAAUGAAUGACUGAAUUAAAAGCGUCAGGUAAAGAUUUAGUGAAUUCGUUUGUGUAAACGAAUGAAAAUAUGGGCGAUGAAUCGAAGUCAACGGAUCGGGAGGUAAACGACAACUUCACAAACCCAGCGGUGACCGACUCAAACGCGCGUUUGGAGCCUCCAGCAACGCGUUUAUAUAAAAAGAGAUGGCUCAUCGUGUGUUUAUUCAGCUCGUAUUCGCUCUGUAACUCAUAUCAAUGGAUCCAAUUCGGAAUAAUCAACAACAUCUUCAUGCGCUUCUACGGUGUCAACUCUUUCACUAUCGACUGGAUGUCCAUGAUUUACAUGCUAACGUACAUUCCGCUCAUUUUCCCCGUCUCGUGGCUCCUGGACAAGAAAGGGCUGCGGGUCAUCGCGCUCGUGGCUGCUGCUCUGAACUGCGCGGGCACGUGGAUCAAGGUGGCCAGCGCGAGACCCGACUUGUUUCCGGUGACGUUUCUUGGUCAAUUGACAUGCUCGGUCGCUCAGGUGUUCAUCCUCGGGAUGCCCUCGCGCAUCGCGUCCGUCUGGUUCGGUUCGGAUGAGGUGUCCACCGCGUGCUCCAUCGGGGUCUUUGGAAACCAGUUGGGAAUUGCCAUCGGCUUCCUCGUGCCACCGAUCCUGGUUCCAAAUGUGGAUGAUAUGGAUGAGCUGGCAGGUCACAUCAGAAUUAUGUUCUACAUCACGGCGGGUGUGGCCACUUUCCUAUUCGUCUUGGUUGUGAUUGUGUUUCAGGACUGUCCAGAGAUCCCCCCCACACACGCACAGGCCGCGGCCCGUCAGAUUUCUCCGGAAAGCUACUCGUACACCGCCUCCAUCCUCAGACUGCUCCGCAACAAAGCCUUCAUCCUCCUCGCCAUCACUUACGGGUUGAACGUUGGCUGUUUUUAUGCCGUCGGUACACUUCUCAACCGCAUGAUCAUCGAACACUAUCGUGGAGAGGAAGUGAACGCGGGCCGGAUCGGGCUCACCAUCGUGAUCGCGGGCAUGGUGGGUUCCCUCAUCUGCGGUAUCUGGUUGGACCAAUCCAAAACAUACAAACAGACCACUCUAGCCGUCUAUCUGAUGUCUUUUCUGGGUUUGGUGCUUUUUGCUUUCACCUUAAAUCUGGGUCACCUGUGGGUGGUGUUCAUCACGGCAGGAACCCUCGGGUUCUUUAUGACGGGAUAUCUUCCUCUCGGCUUCGAGUUUGCUGUUGAACUGACUUAUCCAGAGUCUGAGGGAACAUCUUCGGGACUGCUGAACUGCUCCGCACAAGUGUUUGGGAUCAUAUUCACAAUCUCUCAGGGGAAAAUUAUGGACUCCUUUAAUACUCUGGCUGGAAAUCUCUUCCUUUGUGUCUUCCUGCUCAUUGGAACCAUCAUGACAGGUUGUAUUAAAGCAGAUCUGCGCAGACAGAUGGCAAACCAGCAGGCACUGACAGCUGCCUCAGCAGGCAGGUCAGACGUUAAGGAUCACAGCGACGCUUCUCUCCUCCCGUCCACACACAUCUGAUCAAUCACUCACUGUCUGAUUUUAUCACACACUGGGGUUCAGGAACGUUUGGACAGAACGACUGCACAACCUUCUGUUGUAAAUGAGGCCAGACUUUAAACACGUGCACAUCUUUGCCCUCAAAAUGUGAUCGGAGAACGGAUCUGUUUUAGAAUUUUUAGAUUAUUUAUCUAUAAAUUUGUAAGUGUCGUUUUAUUUCAGUCGAGGCUGAAAUGUUUUCUGUAUCGUGCAUCAAUCUGAUGUAUUAUUUGUGUGUACGUGUAGUUUAACACAGUGUUGUUUUGCUAUUUAAGUAUGUUUGUACAAAAUUAUUAUUUUUAUUUUUGUCUGAACUAAUCAUCUCAAGAUAUCAUCUCAUAGCUUAGUUUUUAACAAAUGCUGAUUUGAAAUAUUCAUGUUAACAUUCUCUUAUGAAAUCCACAAGAAUUCAGAAAGUAUCAGUGUUAUUAAAGAACUAAAGAGUAGAAAUAAGUCUAUGUAAAAUCUAUGCAGUAAUAUAAAGUAUUGGUUUUAUGUUUGAUAAAAAUACCAUUUUCUAGUUUGCUUGUUUUGUAUUUUUUACCUAAUCGAGGUUGUGAAAAAGCCAGAGAAAUUUUAAUGAAUAAAACAUAAAUACUUUUUAACAUU